AUGGAUGAUGAUUACAAAGAUUCUGAUAUAACCAAGCAGGUGAUUCAUAUAUUUGGUAAUCCAAUCAACAAUACUUAUAACUACAGACAGCAACUAGAUCCAAUUAUACCUGAAAAUUUCGAAUCUUUGGAGGCGAGAAUUCCAAAUUUAAUUAAAAAUGUCAUAGAAGAAUUCAGUCUAGCAAAAUCGAUAUUUGACAUCGUAACAUACUUAUCUACGCCAAAUUUAACGUCAAUAGAAUUCGAAAUUCCAGAAUUAAAAUCCAAAAUUAUGGAAAUACUCUCAUUAGAAAAAUAUCCAGAAGCUAUGCAUUAUACUGUUAAACUUGUAGGUCAGUUAUGGUACUUUAUUUCACCUGACUCGGAUAGUAUCUGGAUUGACCCUGAAAUCGCUCGUCUCUUAAUCAAUUCCAUCAAUGUUAUUGACAUAAGAUCUCUUCCAUAUGUUUACUUUUCUCUUUCUAACUAUAUUUGUUUAGAUGAAGAGUUUAUUCCGUAUUUUUUCACUGUUGACGAUCUGUUUUUCAAUAAGUACAAAACAAUAAUGCGAUCAUAUACCUCUCCUCAAAUUCUUACUUCUGGACUACUUUUUCUUCAAAAAUUGCUUGUUUAUCAAAAUGAAGAUUUUUAUCAAAUUAUGACCGAUUUAAUCCCAAUUUUGCGUGCUCAUAUGAAAAAUAUGAUACCUAGAGUGAGAUUAUUAUCCCUUGCAUGCAUUCACCAGCUCAUCCAGUAUCCUCCCGCGAAAGAAUUUUCUUAUCAACAAGGAGUUCCUCAAGUUCUUCUUGAAUAUAUUAGAGAUGCUCCAUAUUCGUUUGUGUCAUCUGCUUUUGACGUGAUUUGUGACUAUUUGGAGUCUCCUGUUCGAGAAUUUUUUAUUAAUUUUGAUUUUCUCUCUUCUUUGAUUGAUAUUCUUCAAAGAACUUACGAAGGUGACUAUGAAGAUAAGGAAAUUGGUAUGAUUUUUGCUAUAUUUACGAAUCUUCAAACGCAUGAACAAGUUUUGAAUUUCUUUGAAGAAAAAGAUAUAUACGGACUUGCAGUUAACUUUAUUAUACAAAUGUCAACAUUUUAUAAAGUUCCGGCUGCAAUUUUCUUAGCUCUUGAACUAGAAAAUGGACAUCUUAAUUAUCGUGCCAAAUUGAUACAAAAUUAUAGAGUUUUUGAAGCAUUAACAUUAUCUUUAGACCUUAUUAAUGAUAGUAAUACUGCUUCAUUAAUAUUUACUCAAGUUUAUGUUUUAUUACAAGAAAAUACACAAGGUUACCUGCCAAUUUGUUUUGACAACGACGUGUGUGAUAUUCUAAACGAGAAUUCGGAGAAUUAUGAUGAAAAAACUCAAAAAAUUAUUGAAGAAAUCCUCAAAUUUAUUGAUGAGCGCAUGUAA